AUGUGUCCCACGACGGUGGUAAUGGCGUAUGCGGACGAUAUCACGAUCAUCGGCGCUCCAGGGGAGGCGAUUAAGGGAGUGAACAUCAUCACGGAGGAGUUACGCAAGUGCGGGCUGCGGUGCAACAUGGAGAAGUCCUCGGCGUGGUGCCCGGCGGGUUGCUCGGACGUACUCCCUGAGGGCGAUCGACGGGAUACGGGUGCUGGGGAGCCCGCGGCCCCGUUGCCGCCCUUUCAGGCCCCUCGCGGCCCCUUCGCGGCCUCGCCGUCUACCUGCGGCCCCGCCGCCUACCUUCGGCCUCGCCGCAUACCUGCGGCCCCGCCGCCUACUUUCCGUCUCACCGCCUACCUCUGGCCCCGCCGCAUACCUGCGGCCCCGCCACCCAUCUGCGGCCCCGUCGCCCACCACGGCCACGUCGCCACCUGCGGCCCCGUCGCCCGCUGCGGCCCCGUCGCCAUCUGCGGCCCCGCCACCUUCGGCCCCGUCGCCACCUGCGGCCCCGUCGCCCGCUACGGCCCCGUCGCCUACCUGCGACCCUACGGCCCCGUCGCCUACCUGCGGCCCUACGGCCCCGUCGCCUACCUGCGGCCCCGGCCCCGUCGCCUUCGUGCAGCCCCGGCCCCGUCGCCUACCUGCGGCCCUACGGCCCCGUCGCCUACCUGCGGCCCUACAGCCCCAUCGCCUACCUGCGGCCCCGGCCCCGUCGCCUUCCUGCGGCCCCCGCCCCUCGCCCACCUGCGGCUCCACCCUCGUCACCUAACUGCGGCCCCGGCCCCGUCGCCUCCUUGCGGCCCCAGCCCCGUCGUCACCUGCGGCCCCGCCACCUGCGGCCCCGUCGCCACCUACGGCCCCGUCGCCCACUUCGGCCCCGAUGCCACCUGCGGCCCCGCCCACUUGCGGCCCCGACCCCGCCCCGGCCAUGCCCCGUCGCCAGCCGCGGCACACUGGGGGCACGUGCACCGCCCCCCCCCCCCCUUUUCCCGUCACCCGUGA